AUGGACAAGCCCACGAACGUGCGCAACAUGUCCGUCAUUGCGCACGUCGAUCACGGCAAGUCCACUCUGACCGACUCCCUCCUGGCCAAGGCCGGUAUCAUCUCCUCCGGCAAGGCAGGAGAGGCUCGGGCGACAGAUACCCGAGCUGAUGAGCAAGAGCGUGGUAUUACCAUCAAGUCUACGGCCAUCUCCCUCUAUGGCACUCUGCCCGACGAGGAGGAUCUCAAGGACAUUGUUGGUCAGGAGUCGAACGGAAAGGACUUCCUUAUCAACCUGAUCGACUCCCCCGGUCACGUUGACUUCUCCUCUGAGGUCACGGCCGCACUCCGUGUCACCGACGGUGCUCUCGUCGUGGUCGACACCGUUGAGGGUGUGUGCGUCCAGACCGAGACUGUGCUUCGGCAGGCCCUCGGUGAGCGCAUCAAGCCCGUCGUUAUCAUCAACAAGGUCGACCGCGCGCUCCUCGAGCUCCAGGUCUCGAAGGAGGACCUCUACCAGUCCUUCUCGCGUACCAUUGAGUCGGUCAACGUCAUUAUCUCGACCUACCUCGACAAGGCUCUUGGUGAUGUCCAGGUCUACCCUGAGAAGGGUACCGUCGCCUUCGGCUCCGGUCUCCACGGCUGGGCUUUCACCAUCCGUCAGUUCGCCAUCCGGUACGCCAAAAAGUUUGGUGUUGACCGGAACAAGAUGAUGGAGCGUCUCUGGGGUGACAACUACUUCAACCCCGCCACCAAGAAGUGGUCCAAAACCGGCACUCACGAGGGCAAGCAGCUUGAGCGUGCCUUCUGCCAGUUCAUCCUGGACCCUAUCUUCAAGAUUUUCGCUGCCGUCAUGAACUUCAAGAAGGAUGAGAUCGCGACUCUCCUCGAGAAGCUCAACCUCAAGCUUGCCGCUGAGGAUCGCGAUAAGGAGGGCAAGCAGCUUCUCAAGGCUGUCAUGCGCACCUUCCUGCCCGCCGCGGACUGCCUGCUGGAGAUGAUGAUUCUCCACCUCCCCUCGCCCGUGACGGCUCAAAAGUACCGUGCCGAGACUCUGUACGAGGGCCCCCCCGAUGAUGAGGCUGCCAUCAGCAUCCGCGACUGCAACCCCAAGGGCCCGCUCAUGCUCUACGUUUCCAAGAUGGUGCCCACCUCGGAUAAGGGUCGUUUCUACGCCUUCGGUCGUGUCUUCUCCGGUACCGUCCGCUCCGGUCUCAAGGUCCGCAUCCAGGGCCCCAACUACACCCCCGGCAAGAAGGAGGACUUGUUCAUCAAGGCCAUCCAGCGUACCGUCCUCAUGAUGGGCGGCAAGGUCGAGCCCAUCGACGACAUGCCGGCCGGUAACAUCGUGGGUCUGGUCGGCAUUGACCAGUUCCUGCUCAAGUCUGGUACGCUCACCACGAGCGAGACUGCCCACAACAUGAAGGUCAUGAAGUUCUCUGUCUCGCCCGUCGUGCAGCGGUCCGUCCAGGUCAAGAACGCUCAGGAUCUGCCGAAGCUCGUCGAAGGUCUCAAGCGUCUGUCCAAGUCGGAUCCUUGCGUCCUCACCAUGACCAACGAGUCCGGCGAGCACGUCGUUGCUGGCGCUGGUGAGCUCCACCUCGAGAUUUGCUUGAAGGAUCUCGAGGAGGACCACGCCGGCGUGCCCCUCAUCAUUUCGGACCCUGUCGUGCAGUACCGUGAGACCAUCAUGAAGGAUGGCUCCGAGUCAGACCCCAGCCGAGAUGCGCUCUCCAAGUCGCCCAACAAGCACAACCGUCUCUACAUGAGGGCUGCAAGGCUCGACGAGGAGCUCUGCAAGGAGAUCGAGGCCGGCAAGAUCGGUCCUCGCGACGAUUUCAAGGCCCGUGCUCGUAUUCUGGCCGACGACUACGGCUGGGACGUUACCGAGGCCCGCAGGAUUUGGGCUUUCGGUCCCGAUACCACCGGUGCCAACCUGCUCGUUGAUGCGACCAGGGCCGUUCAGUACCUCCAGGAAAUCAAGGACUCGGUCGUCUCCGGUUUCCAGUGGGCCACUCGUGAGGGACCCGUCGGCGAGGAGCCCAUGCGCGCGAUCCGGUUCAACCUCUUCGAUGCUACCCUGCACGCCGAUGCUAUCCACCGUGGCGGCGGCCAGAUCAUCCCCACUGCUCGUCGCGUGAUCUACGCGUCGGUGCUGAUGUCGGAGCCGGCCCUUAUGGAGCCAGUCUUCCUGGUCGAAAUCCAGGUGCCCGAGAAUGCCAUGGGUGGUGUCUACAGUGUGCUCAACCGCAGGAGAGGUCAGGUCUUCGCCGAGGAGCAGCGCCCAGGUACCCCAUUGUUCACUGUCAAGGCAUACCUACCUGUCAUGGAGUCUUUCGGCUUCAACGGCGAUCUGCGCCAGGCCACCUCGGGUCAGGCCUUCCCCCAGUCUGUCUUCGACCACUGGCAGCUUCUUCCUGGUGGCGAUCCUCUGGAUAGUUCUACCAAGGUUGGCGCCAUUGUUCAGGAGAUGCGCAAGCGCAAGGGUAUCAAGGUCGAGGUUCCGGGCGUGGAGAACUACUAUGACAAGCUCUGA